UCAGGAUGGAUGGUAGAAUCAACUUUUAAGAAAUGGUUUGAGCAUUUUUGUACUUAUGCAAAACCUUCAAAGGCAGCACCAGCACUAUUGAUCAUGGACAAUCAUGAAUCUCAUUUGAGCAUUGAUUUCAUUGAUAUGGCCUCAAAAAAUGGAGUAAUCCUUUUAACCAUUCCCCCACACACAUCUCAUAAAUUACAACCACUGGAUGUCAGUGUUUACGGGCCAUUCAAACGCCACUUUAACAGAGAAAUUGAUUCGUGGCUUGUUUCUCAUCCUGGAAAGACAGUUUCGAUAUAUGAUCUAGCAGAAAUUUCUGGACAGGCUUGGUCUAAGGCAUCUACACCUGCAAACAUUUUAAGUGGUUUUUCCAGUUCUGGUAUUAAUCCAUUUCGACCCGAUAAA